AUGGGGGAAUACAAAAAGGGCGUUAUCUCGCCUCCGCUGAAACAUGUCGCUCGCUUCCUGGUUCUUGCCGGCGUCAAUUGCGGCGCCAUCUACCGGAAGCCCCAUUGCGAGUCUCUCGCGGAACAGGUGAAGGCCUCGGUGCCAGAGUUGACCUCGGUUAGCUCCGCUCUUGUAUCGGCGAAUAGCCUUAACAUCACUUCGGUCUUCAACUCCGCGUCGUUCUGUCGGUUCAAUGGCACCGUUCCGUACGCAGAGAACAACACGGUUCUCUUUGAGGUUUGGUUGCCAGAGACCGGAUCUUACAAUGGAAGAUUCCUGGCCAUCGGCAACGGAGGAUUGGCUGGCACGAUUGACUAUGCGGCAAUGGUAGAAAACCUCAACAAGGGAUUUGCCACAGCGGGAGGCGACAGCGGACAUCGCGCGGCCCAUAACAACGGCGGUGAUGCUUACCCCGGAGGAAUUUACCUCCCAUUCCUGCAUGAUCGAAACCAGGUUCUCGCAUGGAUUAGAAACUCGAUUGCGCUCUUCACUGCCCCGGCAAAGCAGAUCGCCAGCCUCUGGUACUCUCACCUCGCCCUCUCCUUCUUGUGGAACCAGCAAGUGUCGUUGGACUCGGCCUUUAUCCCCCAGGAAACGCUCACCUUCAUCCGCGACUCCAUCCUCGACAAAUGCGACACUCUAGACGGCGUCGCCGAUCGCGUCAUCGAGAACCCUUUGGCCUGCUCCUUCGACCUCUCCACGCUCGCCUGCACGUCCUCCUCAACCAACGCAUCAACCUGCCUCACCCCAGCUCAAAUUACCGCAGCCGAGCAAAUCUACGCCGGCCCGCGUCACUCCCAAGCUAACGCCAGCUUGUAUCCCGGCUUCGACCUCGGCAGCGAGUCGGAGUGGAUCAACCAAGAAGGCCGUCUGUCUCUCUCCUUUUCGCUUCCUCUGCUGCAGAACAUGGUCUUUGAUGAUCUGAGCUACAACGGUAGCACGUUCGACUGGGCUACCGAUGUUCGAGCGCUGGAUGAGAAGGUUGGGAGCUUGAUUGACUCGAUCAGCACCAACUUGACUGCGUUCAAGGGGCACGGGGGCAAAUCGAUUGUUACCCAGGGAUGGCCUGAUCCGUACAAUGCUGCGACGUGGCCGAUUCAGCAUUUGGAGGAUGUGGAGAAGGUUACUGGCGAUAGGAAAGAUUGGGCUUCGCUGUUUAUGGUUCCUGGAGGCGGUCACUGUGGCGGCGCUUCGUCGUAUCCUCAAGUUCCCAGCAAGCAGAGUUCGCUCGAGGCGCUGGUUGAGUGGGUGGAGAAGGGGGCAGCACCGACUGAGUUGCUUGGAAGCGAGCCAGCAGAUGGAAGCAGCAGGACGAGGAAGCUUUGCCCCUGGCCACAGACUGCAAAGUUGCUUGGAACAAAUGCUUAUGACUCGGGGUCAUAUGUCUGUUCAUAG